AAAUCGUAUUUCAUCUGUUCUUCCCACUUGCCCAUUUUAAUCAGUUAUUCAGAAAUGAGUAAGUAGAUCCUCACGUUCAGUGAACUCGGAGAAUGUUAAUGGGGUUAUCUGUGUCUUUUUGCUCUGAGGCUUAAGCCAGAAUCAGGAAAGCCUUUUAUUCUACCACUCUCUCGGAGUCAGAAGAAAGGGGCUUUCUGAAGAGUUACUUUAAAUUGAAACUCUCUUCUAAUGUUAGUCUGCUGACUGUCUUGGGUCUCUGAGUUAGAAACUGCUUCAGCUUAGUUAAUAGAGCCAGAUGUAACAUUGACCUUAAAUGGUAAAAGCUCCCAAGAGUGAGAGAGAGGCUCGCCUGAGGGGAAAAAGAGGAAUAACUCAGUUUUAGGAGGGUCCUGCUUACUGUGUUCAAUCCAAAAGCCCAUUGCCAUUUCAUUAUCCCUUCUUCACCUACAAUACUGGGCAUUAUCCUGACCAUGACAGUUCCAGACUUCAGACUCCACUGUUAGAAGCUUUGAAUUUAGAAUGUAUUUGGACUCAAGAAAGAUGCCAGCAAACAUUUUGUAACACACUCUUCCAUCAAAGACAAGGAUCAGAAGAAAAUCUUUUAAAUAAGAAAAGGCAUGCCUAUAAAACAGAGCAUGGGAAUAAUCAUAAAAGAAAUUGAAUGCACAACACUUUCUGAGCAGCUGGACAAUGUCAGCACAGCUCCAGGCUGUCUUUGUUGAAGAGAGAUUCAUGAAGGAGUUGUUCUGAUUCCACAGUAACAGGGCCCAUAUAAAUACCUGAAUAGUAGAGGAAGACCCUCCAUAAGAGCAUUUGAGGUCAGCUGUCAGACUAGCAGUGGAGAUGGAGUAAAGCAUCUUUAUUCUAAACCCUUGCUAACACUGUUUUCAGCUGUGACUCAGACAGAGAGGUCUGUGGAUCACAAGGCAUCUCAGUGCUUAUCCCUUGAAGUUAACUUGAAACAGACAUUCCAAGUGCAUGGUCUUUUUAGUCCACAUUGCAGUCCAUCGUGUCUCUCACCACCUACCAUGCCAACCCUACCUGAAGACGAGGGACAGACACCAGAAGCACAACGCACCAGUUCUCCUCCAGUCAAAGAUGCUACUAUUGAAGGAACAACAUGCAGUACACCUUCUAUUGUUCUUCCAGAGAAUGCUGUUACGCCAGAUGUAGAAAUUGAUAAAAAUCUGGUUAACAGACCACAUAAUCCUUACUUGAGACAUUCUAACCGACACACUAGGACUUCUGUUACUUCACUGACUUCAGUUGACAAUACAGGUCAGGUGAUUGAUCUGGUAAAUGGCCAACUGCCAGAUGUCAAAAUCUCAGAUGAAGAUAAAAAGAAGAAUCUUGAGUUACUAGAAGAAGCAAAGAGAGUGAGUGAGAGGUUCCUAAUGCGCAGAGGCAGAAAAUCAAGAAGCAGUCUUCCUGAGUCUCCCACGGCUGUUUCCCCUACACUUAGUCCAAGGGUUUCACCUGUACCAGCUCAGAGCAACUCUCUCACUUUUCCAAUCCCAACAGGGUCUGAUAUAUGUAUAGCCACGGGUGUUGGGUCAGUGUCUCCACUGCAGAAUGUCACAAAAGGUUUAACCGAUCGAAAGCAGAAUGAUCAGAGGAAGGUUUCUCAGGGAAGGUUGGUUCCUCGUUCCACUAGUUUUGAAAACUCCAAAGAGAAACUCUCUGCACAAAAAGAAAACUUUGAUCCACUUACACGUAUGGAUAAUUUACCCAAAUCCUCCCCUUCAGGCAGUGACGCUGGCAAAACUUCUCUUAACACAAGCACAAACAGCUGUGAAAAUGAACAUGGAAAACCAUUACUUAAGAAAUCAGAAGAAAAUGACUUUCCUUUAAGAAUGUAUCGACAAGGACCAGGCAUAGGUACUAUGGACCGAAAAUUAAAAAGUUCUGUACCAGAACUGACGGACCCUAAAGUUACCUGUAAAACAGAACUUAAAGGAUCUGGAACACGCCCUCCUCUAUUACGAGCUGUAUCGUGGGAUAGCAUAGAACCUGGACAUCAAGAAAAGGCACCUUUUAAAUUACCACCUGAAGAAGAUAAAAGCUUUGCCAUUAGUAAUAAAUCCAGCAAUAAAUUGAAUAAAACGUUAACGUUCAAAGACCUCCAAAUACAAGUUCAACCAGUUCGAAUGCAGAAAUUGACAAAGCUCAGAGAGGAGCAUAUUCUGAUGCGAAAUCAAAACUUAGUUGGACUUAAACUGCCUGAACUCAGUGAAGCAGCUGAACAUGAAAGAGGGCCUUCACCUAUACCUUGCUCCACUGAAGAAGAGGAGUCAAAGAAUAGCUCUGAUGUUAUGCCUAAUAUUCCUGAUGUACUACUACGAAAACUCCAUGUGCUUAAAUCUCUUCCAGGAAGCUCUCCUCCACUUACUGAAAAAGAAGUUGAGACUGUGUUUGUACAACUUUCCUUGGCCUUCAGAAAUGAUAGUUACACCUUGGAAUCUAGAAUUAACCAGGCGGAGAGGGAGAGAAAUCUUACUGAGGAGAACACGGAGAAGGAACUGGCCAACUUUAAAGCAGCCAUUAUGUCUUCAGCUCCCUUAUGGCAUCACUAUGAACACAGAGAAACUUGCCAGAAGCUGUUGGAGGAUAUUGCUGUACUACAUCGUUUGGCUGCUAGGCUCUCCAGUCGUGCUGAAAUGGUUGGAGCUGUUCGCCAGGAGAAACGUAUGUCAAAGGCCACAGAAGUAAUGAUGCAGUAUGUGGAGAAUUUGAAGAGAACGUAUGAAAAGGACCAUGCUGAGCUAAUGGAGUUUAAGAAACUGGCCAAUCAGAAUUCUAGCAGAAGUUACAGUUCAUCUGAAGAUGGAAUGCCUCGUUCAUCUAGAUCCAUGUCUCUUCCUGUUGGAAAGAAUAUGCCUCGGAGGAGAGUCAGUGUGGCUGUUGUUCCUAAAUUUAACUCAUUACACAUUCCUGGCCAGUCACCUACUACAUCACCCAUACCUUCAAUGCCAUCCCUGUCUGAAUCACCCAAUGGAAGAAGUAGUCUGACAUCUACACCUGCCCUACCAGCCCUUCUAGAGAAUGGAAAGUCAAAUGGAGAGCAUGACCAUGAAUCGCCUGCUUCUCUGCUGACACAGAGCACUUCGGAGGAGAUCAACCCUGAGACAAAAGCCAAGAUAGAGGAGGAAGCUUAUAACAAAGGUUAUCAGGAAGGCUUAAAGAAAACCAAAGAACUUCAUGAACUAAAAGAGGAAGAUGAAGAGAAAACAAAUGAAAUCCCUGAUGAGCAUGCAGAGGGUGAAAAUGAAGAGAUAAAUAACAUGAAAAACAGCAAACUUGAAGUUGUUAUUAAUUAUUUACAUAUACUGUACCCAAAACUGUGUAAACACUGGAAUGUGGUCUGGAUUGUAGCAGCUGCGAUAAUCGUUUUUGCUGCGCUGUUGGGGAUCUACCAUUCAUACAACUCCUGUGUUGAAUUAUCAGAUGGACCCGAGGGGAAAGCCACCUGUUCUGCUGUCCAGCAAUACUCCUGGUGGAAUUCAGGACUUCAGCAUGAGCAAGGCACAGAAUAAUAAACAAAUUAUAAAAUAUUUAUGGUACAUCAGUAAGCACACACUUUAAAACACAAUUAUUAAAGCAAGGUAGCACUUUGUCAUUUUCCUGUUGCUAAAUGUGAUCAGUAAGCCACACUAGUUAUUCUAUGCCAUCAGGCUUGGGAAUGGAUUGUGAUUUACCUAGUGAAAUUGACCAUCUGAUAAAUACUUCUGUUUUUUUGUCAUGAUAAUUGUAUCUGACUGAUAUGACUUCAUACAAAUAAAGUCACAUUUAAAUCAUGCCAAGGUUGUGACAGUCAUCAGCAAUAGCCAGGAUAUUAAAAGGGAAGACGGAUACAUUAGACCUUAAUUCGUGCACUUUUGAGGAAAGCCAUAAAAGCUACCAGUUAUAGAGUAUUUGCUUUAACUUUGUAUUUCUUGGCCUUUAUUGACUGAUGUCAUAACUUUCACAACAGUUAUAUAUAGGAUUUUUUUUAAAAAGGUAAUGUCCUUGUUUAGAAUUCCUUGGGUAUGAAAGAAAAGCCUUCUGCUGAAGACUAAAAAUAUUAUACUGGGCCAAAUUUAUCCUUGGUAUAUUUCCAUAAUAUGAGCUACACAAAGGAUGAGCUUGGCCCAAUAAUCAUGCAACAAUGCAAAAUGGAAUGCUGACUAAAUAUGUUUUGUGUUGCUAUUCAUAAUAUAUUGCAAGAGGGAAACCACUCCAUUGUUUGAAGAGGGUUUAUGUUAAGGGCUAAAUCCAGGUCUGUGUGGCAAACAGACCAAGUGCCCAGUGUGUCUCAGAGCCUCUUUGCAUGUGAAAGGGACAUGCUGUGUGGUGCAUUUUGCUGCUUUUCUGAACAAGAGUGCAAUGCACUCUCCACUAGCAGCUGCUACUGAUUGCAGCAAAACAAUUACUGCUUGGCAGAUUAGACAUAUCCCCUAAGCUUCAGACUACAGCACACUAAGAGAAGAGGUGAAGGCCAGCAGGUGAACUAUGGAUGGAUUCUGCCCAGCUGCUUGCACUGGAAACAGAGACUCCCUAUGUCUUUUUCAUGCCCUUGCACACCAUCAUAACACUGGUCAGAGCUGAGCCCUGUGUGUGUUUAAAGUGCUUACUGAUUUAAUGUCCUCACAUAAAGAGGUCACUGUGCACAUGCAGCAGCUCAUUUUAGAAUCAAAUGCUGUGUGUGUUAGCUGUUCUAAUAUAUUUUCAAAACUCCAACAAGUUAUGAGGACAUUACAGAUUAAUUAUUUUUAAUGAGCCACUUAUUAGUGAGUUAUAGAAGCUCACGGAAGGAUAAGAAACUAUUUACCCAACGUCGAAGCUUUUGUGCAUGUAUAAUUUCAAAAUGGCCAAAUCAUUUUUGAAGAGAAUUUACCCAUGGGCUAAGGUACUGAAAUGUCUGGCACUUAAGAGUAUAUUGUAUGUACCUACAGAACUUGAGUUGGGAUUUCUGGUCAAGUAUGUUCAUUUUUCUAUUGCUGUGCACUUGAAUACAACUGAACUUUUAAAGUGAGUGUGACACUGGAGAGUAGUGUUGGGUUUCAGAUGUGUCGGUGUUUUGUGGGAUUAUGAAUCUAGUUGUCUGAGUGACUAACGGCAGUUUCCCCUUGGGAAGGAUAAGGAAGCCAUGUGCAGUACCUAAUUCUGACUUAUCUGCAGCCAGUACUAGGAUGUUUUCUUUUAAUAUAGUCCCCAAACUCUCAGCAAAUGAAACUAGCUGGGAGAAUAAAGGUUUUUAACUGACUCAAAAGUGUUUUAACUCCGAUUUCUCCCACCAAAAAUAACAACUAAAACUCUCCGGAGAAAUUUUUCUCUUUUAAUGUUAACUAACUCACUUCUUUUACCGUAUUUCUCAGACAGAUGUUGAUCCAGGAAAAUAUCAGAUGGCCACCACUGUUGUUAAACAAAUGAUGCUUGAAUUAACCAUUUGGUGUCUUUUAAAAAAAACAAAACACCUCUGGAGGAGUAAAGGAA